AUGCAAAUAGACGUGGUAGAAGAUGCCUAUGAUGGCUACUGUCCUGACGCAGAUAUAAACGACUUUGGAAGAAUUGAUUUCCCUCAAUCCCACUUCGUUGACACUCAUGGCGCCAUAGCAAAUGGAUGGCCGGCGAAAGGCGGUUAUUACAGCCUCAAAUGCUCGCUAGCAGAACUCGAUUACCUCGGUCUCGAUCGCUACAAUCCCACGAAUAGAUCAGAGAACGUCGAAGAGGAAGAGGCUUGGUGCGCUAGACUACGUCAGUUGCGCGCCAAAUACUAUCGCAGUAUCUGUGAUGAUAUUCCAGAGGGACCGUAUGGCAUAGAGAAACCGAAGGUAUAUGUUGGCUGGCCUGUCGAUGGAGGUGUGUGGGCUCUGCAGGCUACAAAAUUUAACGCAAGCGUUCGCGGACUAGGCAGGAUUGAUAACGCUUUUACAAUGGAGGAGCGCUGGCAAAAGAUCAAAGAGUAUGGUGGAACGUUUUAUGCUAAGCCGAAAGAUUGUCCUUAUCUUGAUCUAGAUGGCUCCAAGGACCCUGUGAUCAAGAAACCAGAUUGGGGGCAUCUAUGUUAG